UCAAGAGAAAGGAGGGGGGAAACAAACAUGGCCGACGAGUUAGGGGAAGUAAACAAAACUGAAGGUGAUGGCGAAGCAAAACAAGAGCACGACGGGUCCAAACUUUUAAACACGGAAACUGACGACAAUGCCCGCGACAACAACAGUCUCCACCAUGCUGACAAGCCGGCGGUGGAGAGCAGCUGGUCGGCUCCUCUUCUGUCUCUGGCUCGCAAGGCCACUGAUACACUCAGCAGCGGGGUGAGCUACGCUUCUUCCCGGAGGAACUCCUCGCAUGGGUCCGCUGCGAGUCCCACGACGGAAAAAGAACCAGAGAGAGAGUUAAAUAGCACAGGAAAGACGCUUCCAGUGGUCCCCAUUAAAGAACCCAUGGCAAUAGAAAGAACCAAUCUUCUUAGCAUGUUGAAGCUAAGCAUCAAGGUUUUAAUCCAGUCCUCACUGAAUCUGGGUCGGACUCUGGACUCUGAGUACCCACCUUUGCAGCAGUUCUUCUUGGUCCUGGAGCAUUGCCUCAAACAUGGCCUGAAAGCAAAGAAAUCCUUCAUUGGUCAGAACAAGUCCAUUUGGGGACCUUUGGAGCUGACUGAGAAGUUGUGCCCGGAAUCUGCCAACAUAGCCACAAGCGCCAGGGACCUUCCUGGAAUCAAAACUGGUUUGGGUAGAGGGAGAGCAUGGCUGCAUUUAGCGCUCAUGGAAAAGACGAUGGCAGACUAUGUGAAAGCCUUGCUGGACCGUAAAGAUCUCCUGAGUGAAUUUUAUGACCACGGAGCUCUGAUGAUGGAGGAGGAAGGAGCAGUGAUGGGAGGUCUGCUUGUGGGUCUGAAUGUAAUUGAUGCAAACCUCUGUAUUAAAGGCGAGGACUUGGAUUCUCAGGUGGGUGUCAUUGACUUCUCCCUCUACCUGAAAGAUUCUACCAAGACUGAGACUCCAAAGAAUGAUGCCAAGAUGACCGCCAUUUUGGACCAGAAGCAUUACAUCGAGGAGUUAAAUCGUCACCUUAGUGGCACCGUCACUGACCUGCAGGCAAAGAUGGACUCUCUGGAGAAGACCAACAGCAAACUUAUAGAGGAGCUAACAGCAGCGACUGACAGAAUCAACUCUCUGCGAGAAGAACAGGAACAGCUGAGACUUGACAACGAGUCCAUUUUGCUGACCAAUCAGAAAAAGGAAGAGGCUGCUCUUCAAGACAGCCAGACCGAACUGGAGACUUACAAACAAACCCGCCAAGGCCUGGACGAGAUGUAUAAUGUUGUGUGGAAGCAGUACAAGGAGGAAAAACGCAUUCACCAGGAGUUGGCGCAUGAGCUGGAGCUGCAGUUGGGGCUGAAGCAGGAGAUGGAGGUGGCCAUGAAGCUGCUGGAGAAGGACUCUCAUGAGAAACAGGACUCACUGGUGGCCUUACGACUCCAGCUAGACCAAGUCAAGAGUCUCAACCUUCAGAUGUUCCACAAAGCACAGGACUUUGAACGAGAGGCGGCAAAGAAAAAGACACAGACGGAAGAACUGGAGCAGAAGAUGAUAGACAUGGAGAAAGCCAUGAUGGAACUGGCACAGAGGCUCAACAGCUCAGAACAGGACAGUAAAAAGAACGACCAGUUGAAUAACGACCUGAAGGAGGACCUGGAGGGAAAAGUGAAUGCUCUUCAGAAGCAGCUGAGUGACCUGGACACGUUAAGGCUGGGCUUGGAGAAGGAGCUUUUGGUUGAGAGGGAGCAGAGACAAGGCCUACAGAAAGCUCUUCAGAGGGAGCAGGACAACAGCACCGAGCUUCGAACGCAGCUGCAGCAACUAGAAGGCCUGCACUUGGAGUUACAGGAUCUGAAGCACGAGAAGCAGCAGCUGCAGCAGAUGUGCGAGCAGCAGGAGCAGGCGUUGCAGGAGAUGGGACUGCAUCUCAGCCAGUCUAAACUCAAGAUGGAGGACUUUAAGGAGGUUAACAAAGCUCUAAAGGGUCAUGCUUGGUUAAAAGACGACGAGGCAACACAAUGCAAGCAGUGUCAGAAGGAGUUCUCCAUCGCACGUAGAAAGCACCACUGCAGGAACUGUGGGGAUAUUUACUGCAACACUUGUUCCAGUAACGAGCUGGCUUUACCGUCGUAUCCUCGACCGGUGCGGGUUUGUGACAUGUGUCACGCUCUCUUGCUGCAGAGGAGUUCAUCCACAGGUUCCUGACACCAUCGCAAAACAUUUGGAUCUCACGCUGCUUAGCCACGUUUGCUUCAGAAUGACAUCCACUGUUAGGGAAAUGUCUUGAUACCUGAAAUUCAGGAACAUAUAUAGGUAGUUGGCCCUCGAGUUUUGCUGUAAUUGAAUUUUAGCAUCUAAAUGCGGUGUACACAGAACAUAAAAUACAGUACUAAAAAAAACACUACAAUAAUCCAUAACUUUAUCACGUUUAUAAUCUCAACAAACACAUCAGGAAGCUCACUUGCUGUUUUAAUUAUCGUUACCUUGGAGCCAAAGGUUAUGCAAAUUAGCAGCAAUCUUUAAACUGCAUAAAACACAGGCCUUCUCUUGGAUCAACAUAAGGCCAAGUCUUUGAUUCUGGUCUUCCAGCCAAAGCGCUACCAACGUUUUUAUGUAUUACAAUAAGACGACUACGCUGCUUAGUCGUUACUGUCGCUUUUCAGAGGAGCAGAGUGACGUUUGUGACAAUCACGCAUUUAUUUUCACUUCCGUGGUUCCACCAGAAGAGCUUGGCGUACACAAGUGAAAACCUUUAUCAUCCUUCUCAAGUGUAGCUGGACGCCAGACACACUAACUGGUUCAAACGUUACGUCACUAUAUAUAUAUAUAUAUAUGCACUAGAUAUUGGAAGCAGGCCUGUGGGAAUUCCGGUUGGGAUUGGAUGGAUUAGUUGUGAUUGUCAAAGUAAUGAGGAAUUAAUUGACUGUUUUUAAUGUCAGCUUUUCUAAUAUUCUGAUGUUAAAAGUUCCACCGAGAUUGUAUUGUGUACUUUUAUUUUAAUAUUCAUUGUAUUUGCUACCAGUUUACAAACAUCUGCUCUGUGUCUUUGCAAACUGUAAAUGAUUGUAGAAUGAUAAAAAAAAAAUGUAUAUUUUAGAAUGUAUUAUUAACAUGUGGAUUGUGAACACCUGAAAGCGCUGUUUUUCUAUAAUAGUCUGGGAAUUAGACACUUUUUAAAUGAAUGAUUAAAAUUUGCAAUGUUUCCAUGA